AUGCUCAGCCAAACUGAUUCACAUAUUGAAGAUCUAAGCACCGAAUUAUCUGAUGGAAUUAUCCUUAUUCGGGUGGUUGAAGCAUUACAACAGCGAAAAUGUACUGGCAAAAUUUACAACAAUGAUCCGACAGAAAUACAAAUGAUUAUGAACGUACAAAUGGCAUUGGAUGCACUCAAAGAAGAUGGUGUUAAGAUGGUUAACAUUGGUGCUCAUGAUAUAGUAGAAGGUAAUUUGAAGCUAAUCUUGGGCUUGAUAUGGUGCUUAAUUCAACGGUAUCAAAUUGAUUCGAAUGCAAAGAUACCAGCUAAAAAAUUGAUGAUGGCUUGGCUACAAAGUGUUUUACCGGAACUGAAAUUAACAAAUUUUCGAACCAACUGGAAUGAUGGACGUGCACUGGGAGCACUGGUGAAUUACUGUCGACCAGGAUUAUGUCCAGACUGGGAGAAUAUGGACUCAACAAAUGCGCUGCAAAAUUGUGAGCGUGUCAUAUCACUGGCAGAAACCUACUUAUCCGUACCCUCAAUUAUUUCUCCUGCUGAUCUGUCGUCACCAGAUCUUGAUGAACUCUCAACAAUCACCUACCUGUCUUACUUCAUGAAGUAUAACGGUGCCGGCUAUAAGGCAUGUUUGAAUCGCGUUCAAGAGGUUAGUUGAUA